UCCCAAUCUCCGCGCGCAAAGCGCGGGCUCGCCGAAUAGUCUGCGCUAUAAAUAGCAAACAUAUGGAAAUUUCGCGAAUAGACUUCUUAAUUCGAGAUAAACAGUAUCUAGAGAUAGGUAAGACAUUAUCGCGACUGGACGGAGCGAGUAAUUGAAAAUUUUGGCGCAUUUAUCGACGAUAAAAGUACGACGAAUAUGUAUCGUCAUGGGCUCGCGUGAAAUUGCCAAAGGUGAGAUUUCCCCACAAAUUUGAAUUUUGUUGAUUGUUAUUAUACCACGUCAAUUUGUGAGGGAGAAUAUAUAUAUAUAUACAUAUACUGUAGCUCUUUAUAUUACUUUAUUCAAAAAUUCUUUUAAGCUUUUAAUCCUUCCAAAAAAUUCCUGCUAUUAGAGCCAACUCCGUUUAGCUUAAUCAACCAAUUAAAUCUAAGAAUAGCCAAAUGGAAAGCUUUAAAAUCAAAUCGUUUUAUUUUCCUCGCCUACAAUUAUAAUUUAUUUUUAUAAAUGAUAAUACUUAAAAUUAAUAAUUAAAAUGAUUAAAAAGUUGGGUCAGGGAUGAUCAAUUUGAGUUGUGCAGUUAACUAUCGUGAAAUUUAAUCGGAGAGAGUGAGAUCGGUUCAUUUAAUAAGCAAAGUAAAAUAUUUGGAGGAGCCCGCGGCCGGAAAUUUGAAAUCCCGCGCUAUUAUUGGAGCGACGUUAUCCGGCAGCGCUCACGGUGGCCGGCAUUGGCUGGGCACGUCCAAGGCCGCGCCUACGUCACGUCAUGGCUGGUGAUGGCGGCGUAGCAGACGAACGGGACGGUGUAUACGCGCAGCAGCCUGUCUCGGUGCGGGUGGUAGGAUUAUCCGCGCGCGCGCGCUGCUGCGAUGUGGACGGCGCACAGUUUUGUCGUCUCGCGAGUUGUUGCGGCGAGUGUCAGCAGCGCGUCUCCACGCCCGCGACGACGGUAUUAUCGCGAUUAAAUCACUCUGUUCCGCUCGCUCUCGCCUGCCUGCCUGCCUGUCUGCUGCACGACGCACGCACGUACACGCGCGCGCGCGCGCGCGGGCGCACACGCGGAAUCGCAGGGAGAGAUACACCGGAGUCCUCCCGUGGUGUGUCGUGUCAUUGACUCAGGGCGAAGUGUCAAAAUCAGCCCGUGCCCGUUUUCCGCUGCCGCCCCCUCCCCGCGUCACGUCCGCGAGUAAUAUUAAAACACGAUCCGCGAAUAAUUUCCACCGCCCGGCGAUCCCCGUCACUUGCUGGCUGACUGGCUGGCUGGCUGGUGAGAGAGAGAAAGAGAGAGAGAGAGAAAGAAAGACGCGAUCGAGCGAAAGCAUAACACAGCGAAGCGGACAACCACGGAUGGACAACAACAGCGUGUAUGCUAUACACAUUUUGAUGUUAAAGGCUGAAUAAUGCCUGAAAAAUACAAAUGAGCGUAUAAUACUGCGAUCGGCAUCGAGACACUACCAAAAACAAUAGCCAUGUAUCCAAGAUACAUUUAAUCAAAUUUAAUUGUGAUUAAUAUAUUUGGCGAGGUUGGAGAGUAAUGCCGGUUCAUCAGAUCAAUGUUAAUCCGCCUGAUUGGCAACCACCCUUGUCAAUCGGUCCUUCCAAUAAUACGAGUCCCGCCGGUGGAGAAGCUCUAUCGGAAUGGAUACCGCAGAAUUUUGCUUAUGGGACAGUAGUUACUAUUAUACCAGAUGAUUGCCACUCAUCUGUAAGCACAUUAUCUUCGACCAACCACGAUAUUUGCAGGAUCUGCCAUUGUGAGGGUGAGGAAGGCGCCCCUUUGUUAGCGCCUUGCUACUGCAGCGGCAGUCUGCGCUACGUACAUCAGGCUUGCCUUCAACAAUGGAUAAAAGCCUCGGACACGCGCGCCUGCGAAUUGUGCAAGUUCACGUUCAUCAUGCACGCCAAGACAAAACCGUUCUGCGAGUGGGAGAAGCUCGAGAUGUCCGCGCUGGAGGUGCGAAAAUUAUGGUGCGCAGUCGCUUUUCACGCCGUGGCUGCGCUCUGCGUGGCAUGGUCGUUAUACGUACUCGUUGAACGUUCCGUGGAGGAAGCUCGACGCGGAUUCGUCGACUGGUCCUUCUGGACUAAGCUGAUAGUCGUCGUGAUCGGUUCCACCGGCGGACUAGUUUUUAUGUAUAUUCAAUGCAAAGCGUAUAUUACAUUAUGCAGAAAGUGGCGAGCAUUUAAUAGGGUGAUAUUUAUUCAAAAUGCUCCCGAGAAAGUGGUGCUUCCUCCCUCACCCACGGACUCUCUAAGAGAAGUUACCCUACCCCUGAAGGACCCAACUGCCUCGAUGGCCGAGCUCAAUCGCACUCUGUUACCCCGUACCAUAGAUCCUCCAUGUGCCUCGCAAAUGGCGAAGCCCGACUCUGCCGCGCCACCGCAAAGGCACGAUGCUCAACUGAAACUUUACGUAUUCGACAAAUUGUCCUCGUCCGAGGACAAUCUAUAAUACUUCAGAGAGAAAGAGAGAGGACGAAAAAGAUGGAAACGAUCGUCAAAAAUUAUUACACGCGUCUGGAAUGGUGAUUAGCUAAAUUUCUCGAUCGUGAUUCAUGGGAUAAAGUAACGUGUCCCAGAUAACGGAACCGGAUGAUUUUUCGACUACGAUUUCGUAACUCAGAGCGGAAUUGUCCUUGCCGAAGUCGUCAGAUAUCCGCCCUCAUGCAGCACCUUUUUUUUCCGAAACUUAGUACUUCAGUGCUUACAGUGUUGACAAGUGAGAUAGAGACGGAAGUGUACAGCCCGAGAAUGCUGGCGCUUUCUUAUGUACAUAAUUAUUGUAUCUGUGAUGUUAUUAAAUAAACUUUACCAUAUUUAAACGAC